AUGGAGCUGAGAGGGUUCCGAGCUCCUCGUCUGUGGGAUGAGCAUGGGUCUUUCGGGAAGCUUAGUCGCUACUUCGGCGAUGACAGAGUUUUGGCUUCCCUUUACCGUGCUUUGAAACUUGUUGCGAGAAUCGGCUCCCUCAGGUGGGACGACGGUAACAGUAUCCACAAGGGUAAGAAGCCGGUUCUCGAAUCCAUUACCGAGGCAAAGGUCUCAUAUGCUACGGAUCCCCGAGACAAAGUAUAUGGUAUUCUCGCUUUCCUGCCGCCAACCAUUGCGAGCCGUAUCCAGCCGGACUACGACACGGGCUUCACCUGGCAAGCCUGUUGGACCAUUCGAGCCGAGCUCCGUAAAAUUGAAGUCGGCCCUCCUGACAUCAAGAUCGACGAAGACGUUCGCGGAACUUCUGAUCAGUUCGGUAUUUUUGACUUCAAGGUUGUGAAUGGCCACGAAACAUCUCGCAACGGUGUUUCUUGGGCCGAGGUCUCCGCAGGCAGCAUCCUCCCCUAUCUCUACCGCCGUGUUCUCCACGCCAAUGAGUCGUUCGAGCUUCAGGGGAUCCCAUUAAUGGACUACUUCACGUCUCGGACCGAAUACUGCAAGAAGCCGCGCGAGACCAAGGAAGCCAUUUUUCUGGCAAGCGAGCUGCUCAUGUGGCGGCGGCUUUUCCAAACGGAAAACGGAUUUAUUGGGUCUAUCACCAGGCAUGCGGUGCCCGGUGUCAAAAUCGCCAUCUUGUACAAUUGCGAUAUGCCGGUCGUCCUCAGGCCCAGUGCCCAAGGCGACACAUAUGAGGUUGUCGGUGGAUGCUUUGUGGAAGGCUAUAUGAAGGGGGAGCUGGUUGAGGACAUCAAGAGUGGAAAGUUCAAGACGGAGACAUUUUGUUUGAUUUAG